AUGAUACCCCAUCCAAAGUCUCUCAAACUGUUCUUCACUCCUACUUUUCAACCAAAAAACUUCAUCACCUUCGUCUUGAAUGGAGAAAAUGAGAGGAUAACUUCCUACAGUAAAGUGGGUCAGCUUCUGAUGAAAGAUGAAGAUGAAGAUGAAGGAUACCAGGAAAUCUUUCAAGACUUGCCAUCAACAGCUGACUAUGAGAACGAGAAUGAUUAUGAUGAUGAUCUUGAUGAUUUUCUUGUUUCACAAAUUCAUGGUGAGCUUGCCACCAUGAAUGAGGAGGUUUUUCGAUUGAAUGCAAAAAGAAGACAAGUUCUCAAUCAAUAUCUUCAAUUAAAAGGAAACAUUCGUGUAUUUUGUCGCAUCAGACCAACGAUAAAUGGCGAGAAAUUUAGCCAUUUAAAGCCCGUUGUACCUCUCGAUUCAAGUGGAAUUCUCCUCAAUUUAACUGAAAACAAAACAAAAUUAUACAACUUUGACAAGGUUUUUCACCCUACUUCAUCACAAGAUGAAGUAUUUUCAGAAAUUGAACCCGUUAUUAAAUCCGCUUUAGAUGGAUACAAUGUUUGCAUUCUAGCAUACGGGCAAACAGGCACCGGCAAAACUUUCACCAUGGAAGGAAAUGAAGAUUUUCCAGGCGUAGUACCCCGAACAAUUGAGGCGUUAUUCAAACAAGCAACAGAUAGCAACCAUACGUAUCUAUUUAGUUUCAGUAUGCUUGAAAUCUACCUUGGUCAUCUCAAAGAUUUGUUAAUACCUCAUGCAAGAAAAACAAGUGACCCUAUGCCACCUUGUCUGUCAAUCCAAACGGACCCAAAUGGUGGAAUUGUGAUAGACAAUCUUGUAGCUAUCCAAGUGAGCAACUUUAAUCAUGCAAUUAGUCUUUAUAGGCUCGGAAGUCAACUUAGGUCAACUGCUUCCACGAAUUCGAAUAAAGCUUCUAGUAGAUCUCAUUGCAUGAUACGUAUGUCAAUGACGUGUUGUGAUGACACCGAGAGACGAAAGAUUACAAACAAAAUUUGGAUGGUUGAUUUGGGAGGAAGUGAGCGUGUGUUAAAAACUAAAGCAUGGGGAAGAAGAUUUGAAGAAGGAAAAGCUAUCAAUCUUUCCCUUUCUGCCCUUGGUGAUGUCAUCAAUGCCCUUCAAAAGAAAAACAGCCACAUACCUUACAGGAAUAGCAAGCUCACACAAGUUCUCAAGGAUUCAUUAGGAGAGGAUUCCAAAACAUUGAUGCUAAUUCAUGUGAGUCCCAAAGAAGAUGAUUUAUGCGAGACUGUAUGUUCUCUGAAUUUUGCAUUACGAUUGAGAAGCAUUCACUUAGGGAAGACCGAAUCAAAUGAAGCGAGAACAGUUAAGGAAUUAGCCAUGGCUGACCUGCAACAUGAGAUGGUAGAGAUCGAGCACAACCGUGAUAGAUUCAUGAAAGAAAUCAAGAAGUUGAAUCAGAAAUUGGAUUCUCUAACAAAGAAAUCAUCAGGUUCGAUUGGGAAAUCGGAAAUUGAAGAUGUAAUUACGAAAAUCCCAUUGUCGACGUCGAAGAUGCCGAGUUUUAUGAAGCCUACAAUCUGUAGUACACGAAAAUCAGGAACAGGUUAUCAGAAUUCGUAUAAGAAAGAGAUUAGACAUGAAAGAAGGAAGAAACAAUUACCGAUAUCUCGGGCAGAAUCUGUGAGUUUUCCUAUAAAGGGCCUGACCGAAAGCUACUCGGGCAGCAGUAUCUCAAGAGCAAGCUGCUUGGUGGAUUUGAAUGAGACAGAAUUCAGCCAUGAAACAUCACAAUGUAGCUUUAGAAUUAGAACGAACAUAAACAAACAGAAAAAUUCUCUCAAGAACUCAAAUGAUAAGCGUGUUAUUUCAAUCCCGACUCCUGUAAACAAAGGAAAGUCUACGAAAAAGGGGGAAACUACAAAACAAAUGAUAGGUGUAGAUGAUUCAUCUACUGAAGGAGAUAUAUUUUGUCAAAUUAUGCCAUGUGAUACCAUUAAUGACACCUUUCAUCAAGAUGAUUGUGUUAAUGGAGUUGAAGGGGUAGUUAUAUCAAAAGUGUCAACACAAGAAACAAGGUGCUUAGAGGUUUGUAAAUUGAAAGAAGACCUACCUACCAAUGUUCCUACAUCAGAUUUUGAUACUAGUGUCGAGAGUUCAAAAGUUUCCUUUUUGAUAUCAGAACUGAAAGAAUAUAUUCUGAUAUUCUACUACAGUGUUCUUGUAGUAUUGGGAUUCGAAAGCUUGGGUUUUCAAGAUGAUUUCUUCCGAUCUUUAAUUAAUUAA